AGAAAUUGUUUACAUGUGACGUCACUUCCUGGUUGAAGCUGCUAGAAGGAAGAGCUCGAAGAAAGCAACAGAAAGGGCUGAAGAAGACAUGGCUGAACUGUCACUGUACCUCACAAACGUUAACGUGUCUCUGGGACAAACAAUGGACACAGAGAAGAGUUCAACUGUGGUGAAAGAGUUUGAAAAUGUUGAACUUGGAGAUCUGGGCAAAAAGAAGCCAAAGAUUCCUCGCAGAACAAUCUACUUUGCAAGUGGUGAAACCAUGGAGGAGUACAGUACAGAUGAAGAGGAGGAAGAAGAACCGGAGAAAAAGAACACUUUAAGUAAUAUGGAUCCGUCAAAGUUGACCUGGGGUCCAUACGUCUGGUUCCAAAUGUGGAGAGUGGCUACCUCAACCAUCUCAGUUUGUGACUAUCUUGGAGAGAGAAUGGCCUCGUUGUUGGGAAUCACAACACCAAAAUAUCAGUAUGCAAUUGAUGAGUACUACAGGAUGAAGAAGGAGGAGGAGGAAGAAGAGGAGGAGAACCAUCUCUCUGAGGAGGCAGAACGUCGUUUUGAAGAGCAACACAACCAGGAGGGCCAGCAGCCAAAGACUGAGCAACCAGAAGCAACUGCUUCUUUUGUGAAUGUGACCUUUGAACUGGAGCAGGAAUCACAUGCUACACCUGAUGCAAAUAAAGUGCCUGCACCCAUUCCCUCCUAAAAUAUUGUUCAGUGGAUUGAGAACAUUAGAUGGUUUUACCAUAUUUACCGUAGACAUAAGGUGUGCUGGUUUUCUUUUAUGGAGAGUUUAUCAUAAAUAAAGGUAACAUGUUGUUUAUGCAUAGCUGACAAUAGUUCUCCUUUGAAUGUAGAACUACUUUAAUAAUCAUUUUAUAAAGCCAUACACGAAACCUCUUUUAGUCACUACAACAAUUCAUUGUACAUUUUAAUAAUUAUAAACACCUAACAAGCCUGCUAAAAACUGCAUGGAUUGCCAAUCUCUUAAGACAUUAGUUAUAAUAUUAGACAUUUCUAUGUUAUUGAUGAUGCAAAGAGUCGAAGGUAGUGUAAAUGUUCAGAUGGGAAGACUCCCUCUUUCAUAAGUCAAUGCUUUCAGGGCUGACAACAUUACAAGUUAUUUUUCUAACCAAAUAUUCUUUUUAUGUGAACACAUUGUUUUUGCUAUGUACUGUAUGUAAAUGUGCGCUUUACCCCUGAGAUUUGAGUUCAAUUUGUCUAUCCCUCUCUCACAAACACAUACAUUUCAUUUUGAAGAGUGUAUAAUUUAUUUGUGUACAAUAAUUUUGUAUUGUGUAGGUGAAAAUACACCUACGUUUCUAUAAUGUAGGUGAAAAAAUACAGUUUGUUUUGUACAUAAUAUUACUUAAUAAACAAUUCCAUGUACAAUUGA